AUUGUACCGAACAGUAAUAAACCAAAUAUUGACCAUGCAGUCGAUUACUCGGGAUUCAAGGAAGCGUAUGUUCAAAUACUUGUUUAUAACGUUCUUGGUGAUUUUCAUUUUUUCUCUUCGUCGAAAAAGCCGUCGUUAAAUCCUAAUCCUUUGUUCCUCACAAAAUAUCCAUUCAUAUUUCAAUACAGGAGCGUUGAACCUGUCAUAACUCAGGAACCACCACAAAAUAAUUUUGACCAAGACCGUUCCCUAGACCUCAAAUAUUGCGGUUACAAAGAUUGUAAAUUCCUAUUCGCCUACUACCCAUCAAACAGGAAUGGCAAAAUCAAUUCUAAUUACAUUGACUAUAUCAACAUCGCUCGUUUACUGGGCCGUACUAUGGUCUUAACAAAUGUUGAUUUUGGACGUGUAAGCGCCUGUCAAGAAUUUCCAUUUGAUCUCUAUUUUGAUGUAAAUUCAUUAUCUCAAAGAUUUCCAGACGUGAAGUUUAUUACGCAGUAUGAUUUUCAACAAUGGUCUAUAUUGAAAAGUCAGAAGCCCACUGUUUCGCAUGUUUAUAUCACUGACGGCGGCGCCACAAACUCGGUGGAAAAUCUGGCACCAUAUUCGGAUAUGCUGAAGCGUAUGUGGUGUUUAGAUAAAUUUGGAUUUAAACUUGACGAUACCAGUCGAUUCGAACAACUACGUGCGAGUUGGAACAGUUGGACAAAUCAAACUGGUCGCAAGAAAUUACAGUCAUAUAUAAUUUCGAAUUUGCAGCACGAUGAGGAUGUUUUAUUAGUGAGAAGUGAUGUAAGGGAGCCCUUGUUUUAUAGAAAACAUGCAAAGAUGAAUUAUUCGAGUUAUAUUGUGGACGCAGCGGAUAAGAUCACGAAUGGACUGAGGCCAUAUUUAGCCAUACACUGGAAUUUGGAAAAUGUAAACUUAGAGUCUUUGGGAGAAUGUGUGAAGAGGUUGGUGACGAAAGUGCAAAAAUUGAUCGAUAACUCGAGGAUUGAAAAUAUUUACAUGUCCACUGACUAUCCGCUGUUUGAUGUUCCCAUUGAAAAGUCGGAUGAGAGCGAACAAAAAUCUCAUUGGACUACCUCACCGGCUUAUCACACUGCCAUCAAUCUACUAAAGUCCCAGAUCUCAUUAAACAAUUGGGAGUCACUUAAGGUUUUUGACCAUCUAGAGGUAGAACUAAAGGAUAAGUACCAAAAUGUCAAAGAGAUAAAGCAGGCAAUUAUAGAUACUGGGAUUAACCGCAUAGUAGAUCGAAUGGUCUGCGUGCAGGCUGAUUGGUUUGUAGGAAUACCAAAGUUUCCUUGUGGUGCCCUAUUGGACGUUAAAAUAGCUAAGGCGAUUGUAAAUGAACGGAUAGUAUUGAUGAAAGAGGGACAUCCUAAUAUUAAGAACAAU